GUGUGAGGCGGCUGCGCGCUGCGGGCGCUGCCCCGGCCAUGGCGCUGCGAGCGGGCGGGCGGGCGCUGCGCCUGCUGCCGGGCCGCCUCAGGGCGCCCGCGGCCCGCCUCGGCUCGGGGGGGGCGGCCGAGGCGCAGGAGGAUGCUGAAGUCAAUACCAGAAAGAAGACAUUCACAGAGGUUCAAACGGAACGACGGGAGCAAGCGGAACGAACUGUUUUAAUUAAAUGCCCAUCAAGAGUUAAUGAAAAAAAAUUACUGCAGUAUUUAUCCAGUCAUGGAAAAAUUAACAGUCACUUCUUUUUUGAAAAUCGGGGUAUCCAUGCUUUAAUAGAAUUUUCUGAAAAGAGCAGUGUAGCCUCAUUACAAGAUGUUGUUGGAAUUCCAAAGGCUGUAGAGCAUCAUGUCGUCCCAUUUAAAUCUAGACUUUUUACCUUCACGCUGAAAAAUCCAGUGGCUAAAACUGCUGAAGAAACACCAGUUCAUCUCUCCCGUCAGUCUCACAUUCCAGUGAACGAGCUUAUUCAAAAACUUCAUCAGGCAGACAGUAUAAGCAGUCAAAUGUACAUUCUGCUGAAUGAGUAUCAGCUCACCGAAGAAAAUAUCAAGCUCCGAUUUCUGGCCUGUUCCCUGGUUCAGGAUUUUGCACGUGCAUAUUUUCCAGACAGCACGGUAAAGCCAUUUGGCUCUUCAGUGAACACCUUUGGCAAACUGGGAUGCGAUGUGGACAUGUUUCUGGACUUCCGUGACACACAAGAGCAUGCUGCAAAAAUGAAAAAAGGUCCCUUUGAAAUGGAGUAUCAGAUGAAAAGAUUGCCAUCAGAAAGAUUAGCAACUCAGAAAAUUCUUUCUGUGAUCGGUGAUUGCCUUGAUAAUUUUGGUCCCGGAUGCAUGAGCGUACAGAAGAUACUCAAUGCUCGCUGCCCACUGGUGAAAUUUGCCCAUCAACCAACAGGAUUCCAGUGUGAUCUGUCCGUGAGCAACAGUAUUGCUAUCAGAAGUUCAGAACUCCUGUACAUCUAUGGCACUCUUGAUCCCCGUGUGAGAGCCCUGGUGUUCAGUUUGCGAUGUUGGGCCCGUGUUCAUGGACUUACCAAUAGCAUUCCUGGUACCUGGAUUACAAACUUCUCUCUGACCAUGAUGGUCAUGUUUUUUCUGCAAAAGAGAUCACCACCUAUCAUUCCAACACUAGACCAGCUUAAAGAACUGGCAGAUGAAAAAGACAAGCAUAUAAUUGGAGGAUAUGAUUGCUCAUUUGUUAGCGAUUUAAGCAAGAUUAACCCUACAAAAAAUACAGAAACACUUGAUGAGCUGCUCUGUGACUUCUUCGAGUAUUUUGGAAACUUUGACUUCAGGAAGAAUUCCUUAAAUCUUCGACGGGGAAAGGAAGUAAAUAAACCUGAGUCGUCUCCUCUUUAUAUCUGGAAUCCCUUUGAACAAGACCUUAAUAUCAGCAAGAAUGUUAAUCAGCCACAGCUGGAGAAAUUUGUAGCUAUGGCCCGAGAAAGUGCCUGGAUUUUACAGAAGGAAGAUAGAACUCAGCGAAUGAUCAAUAAAGAGCCCUGGGGACUGGCAGCCCUACUAAUACCAUUUGGAAAAAGUAAUACAAACAAGAUGAGAAGGACAAAGGGAAUGGGAAGUGAAACAAUCAGAAGCCUUUUAGACUCCUUAAAGUUAAGUAAUGCAAGCAACCUACAAAAAGCAGUGGGAAAGUGACUUUCGGCACAAAACCAACGUAGCUGCUAUUCUGUUCUAGGAAUUAAAUGUGAUACGGUCUGAAGAACAUUACUUUUAAUAUUUCUACUAUGGUGAAAUGGAGAGUCAGGUAACCUGGUUUUCAUUGUGAUGGUUCUUUGUACAGGUCUGCUUUCCUGCUGUACAUUACCUCCUCCUUACUCUUCACUUUUCCAUCUGUUUUAUGAAUGAAGAACAUUAAAAGGCAAGUUUUACAGAUAUAUUUUGGAAAUAUCCUUCACUCUUUAAAAAAAGAAAAAAACUGACAAAAGCAGCAAGGGCAAAAGCCCUCGGGAAUUCUCGUGGUUAACAUCCAAAUGAUGCGUUAAGGAAAAGCUCAAGAAGCAAACCACCUUCCAGUGAAACCACAUGUUAAAAGAAGACAAAUAUUAGAGUCAUUGCUUCCACUGCAACCACAUUCUGGGAGCCAGUAAAACCCAAGUGCGUGCAUCUAUUUUUGUAAUUGGUUUUGAUUCAUGUAGAUAGUGCCGAGACAAAAAUAAAGAGAAUGGAAUUAGGUAGGAGGGCUUGCAGCUUCAUACUGGAUUGCUCUCCAAGAAUAGCACA